UCCUCUGACUUUAAUAGAGAGAGAGAAAGGGAGAAGAAACGUUAAUCAAUGGCGUCGAGACCGUGCGAUUCGUGCAGAUCCGCGGCUGCGACUCUGUUAUGCCGCGCGGACGCGGCGUUCCUAUGCGGCGAAUGCGACGGAAAAAUCCACUCAGCUAACAAACUCGCCUCGCGUCACGAGCGAGUCUGGCUCUGCCAAGUCUGCGAGCAAUCUCCCGCGCACGUCACGUGCAAAGCCGACGCAGCCGCGCUCUGCGUCACGUGCGACCGAGACAUCCACUCCGCUAACCCACUCUCCCGCCGCCACGAGCGCGUCCCCGUCACGCCUUUCUACGACGCUCCUUCUGCUCAGGGAGGAUCGUCAUCGGCCGCCAAAUCCGCCUCCUCCUCCGCCAAUUUCCUUAACACUGAAGAUGCUGACGUCAGCAUGGAGGCUGCGUCUUGGCUAUUGCCUAACUCGAGUGUCAAGGAAGGAGUUGUAGAGAUACCAAACUUGUUUGCCGAUCUUGAUUACUCGGCGGUUGUCGAUCCGAAGAUGGAGGCGUCGGAGAAUAGCUCCGGCAACGACGGAGUCGUUCCUGUUCAGACCAAAGCUCUGUUUCUCAGCGAAGAUUACUUCAGCUUCGACAUCUCAGCUUCCAAAACAACUUUUCCACACGGAUUCAGCUGCAUUAAUCAAACUGUUUCGUCAACAUCCUUAGAUGUACCGGUGGUGCCCGAAGGUGGAGCUGUGACGGAGAUUUCAAGAACGGCGGCGGCAACACCAGCCGUGCAGCUGUCACCAGCGGAGAGGGAGGCUAGGGUUUUGAGGUAUAGAGAGAAGAGGAAGAAUCGGAAGUUCGAGAAGACGAUUAGGUAUGCAUCACGUAAAGCAUACGCCGAGGUGAGGCCGAGGAUCAAAGGGCGUUUUGCCAAGCGAACUGAUUCAAGAGUUAAUGAUGGAGGAGACGGAGGAGUCUACGGUGGGUUCGGAGUGGUCCCGAGUUUUUGAGUCUUUCUUCAGUGUCAUGUUUGUAAGAAACAUUUAUGAUGGUAGCUUAAUAAGUAACGGUUAAAAUGUUUUUUAUUAACGUCGAACAA